GCCAAAUGUGACGUCAGUAUCUUCUGACCAAUCACAAACCACCUUGCUUUGAGGUGGACGCUCCAGUUGUGCGCAUGCGCGUAGGCAGCAGUGUGUGAUGUGAAAAGAGAGGUAAACAGUUAGCUUGUUAAAAACGGAAGAAAAUGGAUCCACAGAAAGAUGUGCAACCACCCAAACAGCAGCCUAUGAUCUACAUAUGUGGAGAAUGUCACACUGAAAAUGAAAUUAAGGCCCGUGAUCCAAUCCGAUGCAGAGAGUGCGGAUACAGGAUCAUGUACAAGAAGAGAACAAAGAGAUUGGUCGUCUUUGAUGCCCGAUGAAGAAGAGAAGAGCAGCUGUUUUCAUUAUUUUGUUGUGUGUGCCAUUUUUGUAGUGUUUGACCAUGUAAAUAAAUAGAUUGACAACUCCAUAAAUUCUGACCUGCAGGCCUGGCUACAGAUUUCAGAAUUAUGGUUGAAGCUCAACAUUAUCAUUUUGACCUAAAUAGUAGCUGUUUUCUACUCAAGAGAAAUGGAUGAAAGUUUUUGGUUAAUUAAAAAACAAGAUUUUCACUGAU